AUGUGUGAUUCGUGGGCGAUCGGUACCGUGCAUGAGUUGGUUUUCGAAAAAUCCAAAAUCAAGAUUGCGCGAUCGCGCCGCAAGAACAGCUUCUUUGGCUCACCUGCUGUGCGCGCCGGAUCCAUUUCAUGUGAUGCUACGACACUCAUCUUCUCCCUCCCUUCGACCGCGUCGAGGUUCAGCUUCCCAAUCACGUCUGCAUCUUGAACGAUGAGUCGGCCGCAGAUGUCACCAGCCACACGCUGUGGUGCCCUUUGCGUAAGGGUCUAUGGCUCUCGCGCUUGUCUCGUUCUCCGCGUUUUAAUGAUAUCGAUAAUUAAGGGAGACCGAGCACACGUGACUACACUGCCGUAACGACGCAGCGGUCUUCGUCUAUUAAAAGAUAAAGCGUCGACAGGAGACACUGUGUGGUAGUGUAACAGCCGCAGAGCGAGCAGGGCAAG